AUGAGUUCAAGUAGCAGAGCAUGGAUGGCGGCAGUGGCUGUUGGAGCAGUGGAGGUAAUGAAAGACCAAGGCCUCUGCCGAUGGAAUUACGCCAUCAGGUCAAUCCACCAGCACGCAAAGACCAAGAUUAGGCCCUCUUCAAUUUCACAACAUAAACCCAGACAGCUUUCUUCUUCUACUUCUACUUCGGCUUCGCAAGGCUAUCGGGGUGCCAGGAAAAUGGUUGAGCAAGAGAAAGCGGCGAAAGCAGAGGAGUCUCUUAAGACUGUUAUGUACCUGAGCUGUUGGGGUCCUUACAAUUAG